AUGUAUAUCAGUCAUUUCAUAUCUAUCUAUCUCAUCAUUUCAUAUCUAUCUAUCUCAGUCUGUUCAUAUCUAUCUAUCUAUCUAUCUAUCUAUCUAUCUAUCUAUCUAUCUAUCUAUCUAUCUAUCUAUCUGUACUUUUUAUUUAUCUCUAAUAACAAGUCGACCGUCAGAACAAAUAACAAUCUCACUUAUUUCGUAUCUAUCUAUCUAUCUAUCUAUCUAUCUAUCUAUCUAUCUAUCUAUCUAUCUAUCUAUCUAUCUCAGUCAUAUUUUCUCUAUAUCUAUCUCAUCAACAUUUGCUGUAUUAUGGCGCGUCUGUCCACUGAGAAUUAUUAUGACACUCUCCACCUUGAUGAUACAACAAACUACCUUCCAAAAUGUCCUCCUUUUAGUAUGUCCAUUGGAUUAUCUCUUUUUACCCUGUUCUUUUUUGUUUUCAUUUCUUUCUGCUUUUAUAUUUCCUUGAUUUUUUUAUUUAUCUAUCACCAUCUUUGCUUUCCAAUUCUUUCUGUUUUUCUCUCUUUUUCAUUGUGUGCAAUCUUCCUUUUUCUUUCACAUUUUUCUCCCUUUCCUCUCCCUUACCUCUUUCAACCUCUCACUAUUUCUCUCUCUCUCUGUCUGUCUGUCUGUCUGUCUGUCUGUCUCUCUCUCUCUCUCUCUCUCUCUAUCUAUCUAUCUAUCUAUCUAUCUAUCUAUCUAUCUCUGAGUCUAAUUUCGUUUGUCCUUUUUCUGUAUCUUCAUUCUCUCUUCGUCUCGUUUCCAUUCUGUACUUCCUAG